UCGUCCGAGUCACGAGCGUCGGCGGGGGGGGGGCCGUCCUCAAAAGCGGCCAACGCCUGCGACUUCGGAACAUUCGACAAGAUGCGACGACCUAGUUUGGUGGCCUUCCUCGUCCUCCUCUGCGCCGCCGCCUCGCCGGCUGACGUGCUGAAUCCCAGGGGAGCGCGGCCCGUGGUGCCCAACACCCGCUCGGACAAGUGCGCCACCCAGAAGGAGUGGCCCUUCUGCACCGACGACGACUGGGGUCCCAAGUGCCCGUCUGGCUGCAGGAUCCAAGGUCUGAUGGACCACCAAGAUCACAGCCUGUUGAAGAAAAUCGAGAAGAUCCGCGCUUUGGUGGGGCAGCAACAAGUCGGGCAUCGUUCGGCCGAUCAGGCGACCAAGCAAACGUACGAGUUCCUGAAAGAGAAGCUCACCCUGAACUCCGGUCAAGACGACCGCUACUACAACUUGGCGCAGAACCUUCGCCAGAGGAUCUCCGAGAUGAAGGUGAGGAUCGACAGGCAGCUGCGGGUCCUGGCGGCCCUCCGCGACCGGGUGACGGAUCAAGUGGGCGACAUGCAGAAGCUGGAGGUGGACAUCGACAUCAAGUUGCGUUCCUGUCGAGGUUCUUGCAAGACCUACUCCGAGUACCGGGUGGACCACGACGGCUACGUGGCUCUGGACAAACAGAUUAAUCAGCUUCACGCCCAGGGGGUGCAGAGCAUCCAGUCCGUGCACCAGCUGGAAGUGAUGCAAAGCAGGCCGUUCCAAGAAGUCCACCAAGGCGGCAUCUACAAGACCCACGGAGUGGAGGAUAUCUUCCGUGAGGUGAAAUCGUUCCAGUUGACACUCGAGAAGGAAGGUUCCAGCUCCUCUCCUGCUCCCAUCUCCAAAGAUCAAGGUACUUCCAUCUCCACAUCAGGCUCCUCCACAUCCUCCAAGUCCAUCUCUGAGCUCUCCGGAGUCCCCAACGAAGACUUGUUUGGCGUCGGCGGCAACUUCGAAGAUGCGAAACUUCCCGGUCUUGACUCAACCAGUUGCGUGAUAGUGACCAAGAAAGUGACGGUGAUGACUCAGGACGGCCCUGUGGAAAAAAUAGAGGAGACCAGAGAGGGGGGUCCUGCCUGUAAGGGGGAAUCCGGCACCAAGGGAGGACUGGAUUCCCUCUUCCCCGUCCUGAGUCACACGUCCACCAACGUCAAGACCGUUCACGUGGGCGCCAGCAAAGGAGCCCAAUCGGACACUAAAACCGCCUUCUCGCAGCCCUUCACAGAGGUGGGCUUCGAUCUGGGAAAGUUCUUAAGCGACCACGUGGAUGACGACAUUCCCGACUUGCGCGCUCGCAGCGUGCAGAGCGUGCAGGUCAAACGCCAGAGCGAUUACACGGGAAAAGAUUGCGUGGAUAUCUUCCACAAGCACACCCGGGGGGAAACGAGCGGCGUGUUUGACAUCAAGCCCUCCGGCGCCGCCGCCGUGGUGGCGGUUUACUGCCUACAGGAGGGGCUGAUGGGCGGCUGGUUGUUAGUCCAGCAGAGAGGGGACGGCUUGCUCGACUUCAACCGAACUUGGGCCGAAUAUCGCGCGGGGUUCGGAAGCGUGGACGCGCAGGGGAGGGGGGAGAUGUGGCUCGGCAACCAGAACCUCCACUUGUUGACCGACCGGGGCGAGACGCUGCUUAGGGUUAACAUGCGAGAUGAGGAGGGCGGCGUGACGACUGCGGACUACGUCGUCAGGGUGGGUCCCGAGGAGGAGGGCUUCCCGUUGCACGUUUCUGGCUACGCCGGCACCUCGGGAGACGCCCUGUCCCACAGCGGGAUGAAAUUCAGCACCUGGGACCGAGACAACGACCGCGGGGUGGGAAACUGUGCGGCGACCCACGGCGGAGGGUGGUGGUACGACAACUGCCGAUCGGCCAACCUCAACGGGGGCGAGGGCGCCGUGUGGGCCGGUCGGCGCCUGAAGAGCGUGCAAUUGUUUGUGCGACCUGCCGCAUUGUGACUUCCUGGUCCGUCAUUUGGUUCUGUUGACUUUCCAGAAUGUUCUGCACUGAACUCAAUAAAGUAUCAAAGGUCA